UUAAACGUCAAACUUCUAUGAGAUUGUGACAUUUAUGAUGUUUAAAACAAUUGCACCAUCUGGGCUAUCAGACUUGUUGCCGACUUAGCAUGGUCUAACUUUAUAUACUAGUAAGCCUACUUAGUUAAAAUUAAAAUACAUGCAUUGAGUCACUGACAGUCUGCCCGAAAUCCAUCAAGACUCAAGACAUCCACAGCUUGCUAGUUCGACAGGCACGUAAUCAAACGUGACUCAUCCGAUUCCCAGAACGAAACUAGGUAUCCUGGCCAAGCCGUAGCCAAUUAGGUCACGAUUUUACUCGAGUCGGGCCGCAGCCGGGCCGCUUCCGCCACCAAAUGCCUAUUUACAGAGCUACAGAAAUACGCGCAAAGUUACCGCUGCAGUUAGAUGCGCUCGCGGCGGCGUUCCAAAAUUAAACCGAAUUGGAACUGCCUGGAAACAAAAGACGGUUGAAAUUCAGGAUCUAAAGGCGAGUGCUACGUUUGAAUUUAGAAUAUAUCCGCUUGCGUUUUCAGCUCUAGAGUUUUCACAUGUAACGGUUUUAAAGUGACGUUGAGUUUGGUUCUAAAGUAAAGUUUGCGUUGUUUUGAGUGGAGGUGCUCGUGGGCUCGGCAGUGCGUUCGCGGACGGCGUGUGUGGUGUGUGACGUGUGAUGAGUGCGUGUGCGUGUUUAUGUUGAUUGUUGUGAUGAUGACGAUGAUGUUCAAUGGGCUGGUGUGUGUGGAUUCAGACAAUAGUGAUUUUACUAAAGACAGCGGCGGCGGGUCGAGCUGCGCGGGCGCCUGCGAGCGCUACUACCGCGACAAGCUCAUCGCCACGCUGCAGAUUUUGGAGAACAAGGAGGAGACGAUACGCGUGCAAGGCUCGAGUCUGGGCGUCGCGGAAGGCCGCAUCGCCGAGUUGACCAAGCGGGCGAGCGAACUACGGCAGGAGUUGGACCAUAAGGCGCAAGAGUUGACCCAGCUGCGGCAGUUCGCAGAGAGCUGCCGAGUUGAGAAGAGCGACGUCAGCAUCGGCGCCGAAAUUAAGGAAGUGGAAGGGCAGAGGCGGCUGGUGGGGACCCUGGAAGACAACCUGGCGGUCGUCACUGAGCUGUACCGCGAAUGUUUUUACGAAGCGGCCAAGCAAGAAGAGCUAAUAGACAUGCUCAGAAAGUCCUAUUUGGACGUCCGGUUGAUGGAGAAGGCCAAGACGGACAACAUUACGAAGCUACAUAACAUUAUCAACACGCAGAAGAGGUCCAUCGAACAAUGCCAGGACGUGGUAAUGGAGGUGGAGAGCCUCAAGUCAGAGAUUUCCAGCUUUUUGAACAGUUCUAACAACGAUUCGGGCAUGUGGGAGCGAGGGUCGGAGAGUCCGGAUGUCGGGGAGGAGCUCGCAGACAUCCUGGACCAGCUGCGGCAGCUGCAACACAUGCUUACUACUGAUUGUACAUGCGGCCUGGAGGAAGAAAACUCGUCGUUGAAAGAAAGAAACAGAACUUUAGAGGCUGAACUAGACCAAGUUAGACAAAGAAAUAAAGAGCUGGACGAGUCCUUGCGGCAUAUACUAGGUCAGCAAUAUGAAAAACAAAUGAAAGAAAAGGAACGAGAGGUUGAGGAAGCGGUGAAGAAGCUGGCCGAGGUGGAAAGUACUUGUAAAGAACGAGGCGAAGCUUGCGAGACCCUCAAGAGGCAGUUACAACAGGCACAAGUAUUGCUGGAUGAUAAGACAGCGGAACUGGUGGAGGCACAGAAGACGAGCACCGCGAAGGACGACACCAUCAGGGGCCUUCAUCAAAACCUAGAGCACUCUGAGAAGCUUGUCCAAGAGGGGUUGAAGAAAUUAUCGGAAGUAGCUCAGUCGCGGUCGGAGUUGGUAUUGGAGAGUCAGGCCAGGAUCUCAGAGCUGGAGCAGCGGCUGAAGCAUGCCGUGCGGCGCUGCAGGGAACUAGAGGCCGGAUGCAGGGAGCGGGAGCGCUCGACGUCAGAACUACAAGCGUGUCUGGAGGAGGCACACGCUAGAGGAGCACGGCUGUGUGAAGAGUCGCGGCGCGUGACUGCCGGCGUCCGGCAGUGGAUGAGGGAGAAGAAACAACAGACCAGAGACCAACAAGACAAAAUUAAAAUGCAGAAAUUAAGGAUUCGGGAAUUGGAACGUUGUGUUAGAACGCGACAAAACACCGAUCUCACGAGCCAGAGCGAGACGGAAGCAAGUAGCAGCGUAUCGCAAUGUGAAAACGAGACGUAUCGCUGCAGACUCAGGCCUAUGUGUAGGAGCGAGACAAACGCGCCCCGCGGCUCCCUAGCGGGCUGUGUGGCGCGAGAGAACGAGACGGCUAGCUGUUCCAAGUGCACGUCAAAUAGGCAGCAGGAGAGUGGAAGCGAAAUGGCAAGCUGUUCACGAGCUCCCGUGCCGCCAACUAGGAAGAAGAGGCAGCAGUCAUGCAAUGACCUUGUAAGAUGAUUUUGAUAUAUUAAAGCUUUUAUUCUAGGGACCCGUCCAUCCCUUCCCAGAAAAAAACCUUAAACUGGCUUAGUUGUUU